AUUUACAGGUUGAAAUAGGUUGGGGGAGAUCAAAAUGGGAGCUUCAUCGGUUGAACAGUACGGAGUCGGAGGAUUCCGGCCUCAGGCCGCCGAAAGCCGUUUCUUGCCGCCGGCCGACGUCAAGAUCGUGACCUCCGACGGCCGGAGCAUCCCUGCUCAUUCCAGCGUAUUGGCUUCGGCGUCGCCGGUGUUGGAGCGGAUGCUGGACCGGUCGCGUAAAGGCGGCGACGGCGCCGGAAGGGUCAUCCACAUCCUCGGCGCCCCUCACGACGCCGUCCUCGUCUUUGUUCAAUGCCUUUACUCUUCCAGAAGGCGCGGGGAGAGUUGGCGGAGGGAGGCGGCGGAGGAGGUGGCGCGGCAGGGGGUGGCGCUGCUGGCGCUGGCGCACGCGUACAGGGUCCGGUGGCUGAAGCAGCAGAUCGAGGCGGCGGUGGCGGCGCGGUGGGUGAGCGCGGCGACGGCCGUGGACGGGCUGAAGCUGGCCAGGCUCUGCGACGCGCCGCGCCUCUUCCAGCGCUGCCUGGCAGUGGCGACCAAGGACUUCGCCACCCUGCAGCAGACCGAAGGGUGGCGCUUCCUGCAGAAGCACGACCCCGCCAUGGAGCUCGAGAUUCUCCAAUUCGUCCAUGAAUCGGCGCGGAGAAGGAAGCGAUGGAGGAGAGAGCGGACGCACCAAGAGAUGUACAUGCAGUUGGCGGAAGCCAUGGACAGCCUACAGCACAUCUGCACGGAGGGCUGCACCGACGUCGGGCCGCGCUGCAGCGCGCCGGCGAGCAACCCCUGCACGAGUUUUAGUACGUGCGAGGGGCUGCAGCUACUCCUCCGGCACGCUGCCGCCUGCGGCGAUCGGAAGGUGACUCCCAAGGGCUGCAACCACUGCAAGAGACUGUGGCAGCUCUUUCGCCUCCACUCCUCUCUCUGCGAAGACUCUGUCUCUUGCAGACUCCCUCUCUGCAGGCAAUUCAAGAAGAAGAUGGAGGAGGAGAAAGAGGACAAGACGUGGAGGCGGCUGGUGGAGAAGGUGGCCACGGCUAGAGUUAUGGCUACCUUGGCCAACCGGAAGGUGCCUCAGCUGGUGCAGAAAUCAUGGGUGAGAUAUAGAGGAAGAAGAUAGGUCGUUGAAAAUUCUUGUUUGCACUCAUUUGUUGAUUGCUCAUUCUUUUUCAUAUACAUCAAAAAAAAAAAAAUGUAUGCUUAAUGAAUACAUCUCGCUAUCUCAGUUCUAAUUAAGCUCCAUAUGAAGGUCUGUCUUUUUAAUGUAAGGCCUGCCUGAAGUUUUAAGUUCAUGGUCAUGCACGAGGACAAGUUAGUAGUCCAAGAAAAAACUUGGUAAAUUUAUAUGUGGUCAAAAUUUUUAUUCAUUUUCUACAAUAAAAGUUGAAUUUGGGGAGA